GGAGACAGCUCGUCAGCUGUAGCCUGGGACAGACUACUGGGGAUCACAUUUCACGUGUACCCUGUGGAUUCUUCAGCUUUGUGAGGGCCUAGUCUAUAAAUACACCUCCUGUUGGAGUUUGAAGGGUUGAAACAGCUGAGGAAGCCAGCAGUCCUGGAUCAAGGGAGCUAGUUUCAGCCUGACAAAAUCUAUUUCUUCUUUCUGGGCUACGCUCUGAAUGAGACAGCGCUGCUACACUACUAAGCAGAGGUGACCGGGAAGCCCAUCCAUUUCUAGCUUCGCAAAAAGAUGGCUACACCUAUAGACCCCAUGGAAGAGCCCCGGGUGUACCAGCAGACGCUGCUGCAAGACGGGCUUUAUGACCUCCUGGAGAGUGAUACUUUCGUGGACUGUGUCCUCAAAAUCAAAGACAAGGAGUUCCCCUGCCAUCGACUGGUGCUGGCUGCCUGUAGCUCCUUCUUCAGGGCUAUGUUCAAGUCAGAUCGGGAGGAGUUCCAAAAGCGGGAGAUCGUCCUAGAAGAAGUGGAGCCAGAAAUCAUGGAGCUCAUCCUCAAAUACAUCUACACAUCCAACAUUGUUGUGACAGAGCAGAAUGUGCAAGACAUCUUCACAGUAGCCAACUUGUUACAGAUCCCCUCAAUCUUUACUGUCUGCGUCUCCUUCCUGCAGAAGAGGCUGAGCCUCAGCAAUUGCGUGGCGAUUUUCAGGCUGGGCCUAAUGCUGAACUGCCCCCGGCUGGCCAUCUCCGCCAGGGACUUCAUCUGUAACCGCUUCCAGCUGAUAUUGCUGGACCAGGACUUCCUCGACAUGAGCCCAAGCGAGCUAGCGGCAAUCCUCGCUUCUGACACCCUCAACGUAGAGAACGAAGAGCUGGUCUAUGAAUCGCUUCUGAAGUGGGUCGCCCAUGACAAGGAUAACCGGCUCAAGGAACUUCCAGGCCUGCUGGAGUGUGUCCGCUUCCGCCUAGUCUCCGAGGAAUAUUUCGCAAACAAAGUGGAAAAUCACAAUUGGAUACAGUCCAACCCGGAGAUCACAGAGAAGUUACAGCUGGUAAAAGAUGCUUUCAACGGAAAGCUUCCCGAAGUCAAGAAAACCACCAGUAAGAAGGCAGAGGGCAAAAAAACAGAGGAUGAUGGAGCAAUGGGUGAGGAGGAAGAAGAGGAGGAAGAGAAGGAAGGCUUGCUUCCGGGAAUCCUGAAUGACAACCUGCGAUUUGGAAUGUUCCUCAGGGAUCUCAUAUUCAUGAUCAGUGACACAGGGGCGGUGGCCUAUGACCCCACAGCAAAUGAUUGUUACGUGGCGUCUUUGUCCACCCAGGUUCCCAAAAACCACUGCAGCCUGGUCACUAAGGAGAAUCAGAUCUUUGUAGCAGGGGGACUUUUCUACAAUGAACAAAGCAAAGAGGAGCCUCUCAGCUCUUACUUUUUACAGUUUGACCCCAUUGGUUCAGACUGGCUGGGUAUGCCUCCUCUUCCAUCCCCCCGGUGCCUCUUCGGGCUGGGAGAGGCAGCGAACUCCAUUUUUGUUAUCGGAGGCAAGGAGCUGAACGAAGAAGAGCGCAUCCUGGACACUGUCAUGGUCUAUGACAGACAGACCUUCAAAUGGGAGGAGACAGAUUCUCUUGGCUUUGCAGUUUACGGCCAUGGAACUGUGUCUCAUAAUGGACUCAUCUAUGUAAUUGGAGGAAAGGGUGAAAACAAAGAUUGCAUAAAUACGACGUGUGUUUACGACCCAAAGACAUUAGAGUGGAAGGACCUGGCCCCGUUAAAGAUGGCCCGCUCUCUUUUCGGUGUGGCAGUCCACCAGGACAAGAUCUAUGUGGUCGCUGGAGUCACGGACACAGGACUCACCAAUACCGUGGAAGUCUAUGACAUCACCAGCGACAAGUGGUCUGAGUUUCUGGAGUUCCCUCAAGAGCGAAGUUCCAUCAGUCUGGUCUCCACAGCUGGUUCCCUAUAUGCCAUUGGGGGAUUCGCCAUGAUGCCCACUGAAAAUGAAGAACUCAUCCCCAAGGAGAUGACUGACAUCUGGAGAUAUGAUGAGGGGGAGCGGAAGUGGAUCGGUAUUCUAAGGGACAUCCACUAUGCAUCAGGUGCCAGCGUCCUGGGUGUACGCCUCAAUACCCUGCAUCUUACCAAGAUGUAACCAUCACAGCACCCUAGAGGUGGAGAAGACCGCUUGCAAGUGACUGGUCGCUCUGUAUUGCCAUCAGAGCAGAAGAGCCUAGUUGACAACACCCUGAACUACAAAUUCACAAAGGGUCAGCAGAGACUAUGAACCAGUAACUUUACCAUUUUUCUGACAGUUAAACUGCUACUGUACUAUGGUAUUACAGUAUAUUAUUCUAUGUAGUGGAGUUGGGCAGAACUGGAAUAGAAUUCCAGAGUUGUAUGUGCUAUCCAGAAUGAAUGUUUGACCGCAUAUCAUUUUUAAGUUAGCAGUGAAAGCUGAUGUUGAUUGAAGAUGGAAUGUUCCAGACGAGUGUGAUGAAAGAACCAUCCAGCUCAGUAAUAUCAAAAUCCUUUAGUUACAAUAACCUUUGGCUUUCAUCCCAUAACAAUGAGCUUUAUUAAAAGGUUUGGUGUCACAGAAAUAGAAUGAUAACUUACAGUUACGUUUUGCUUUAAUACUUUGAAGGCUCAUUUUUACUAAGCGGAAGAGUUUUAUACACAUCAAAAGAGUUUUACUCAUCAAAUUAGUUUUUUCAUCAUACAACCUGUUUGGAAGUGACCCCAUGGUAGCAUUUUUUUCAUGGGUCCUGGAUAAUUACAGGCAUAUUUCCUUUUCCAAUAUCACCACCACAGAGGAAGCAUAAAAUGUGGAAUACAGCAUGUUCUAGGUAACACAUGAACAGCAAACAGUUGUGCACAGCAGAAGGCUGAUUGUGUUCACAUACUGUACCUACAUUUAAUCACAGUUAUAAGGCUGUAAAAAUCACAAGAGGGAACAGUAUUUAUAAAGGCAAGAGAUCUCAUCCCAGAUUUUUCUAAUGUUAUGUAAAGACCGUUUCUAUUUGUAAAUUGUGUCUUCAUUGGUAAAAAUGAUUUCAAACAUUUAUUUCUAUAUUAUUUAAAAUUACUUACAUAUUCUACUUUGACUAUGGUCUAUGAAUACCCUUGAUCUGUGAGACAAGAUUUUAGCACAACCAUUUUAUUGCAAUAUAUUAGACAGCCUGAAUUAGUUCAAGCAGUGCAGAUACAUUAAUGAUUCAACAGAGGGAGCCAGAACUCAAUCUUUUUCUCUUUGGAUGGCAUAUUCUGGCAGACAACAAAUCAAGAGAUGUUUACAGCAGCCACGUUUAAUUUUGCCAUUAAUAAACUAGACAUUUUCCCCCAAGUGAUCAAAAGAACAAACAUGCUUGAGUUUGCAUAUUUAUUAUACCUGUGUGCCCAUAAAUGCAGAAGAAACAUGUAUAAAUCAGCAAGCCUUCCUCUCUGUACAGUGCCUCAGACAAACACCUGUUGUUGUUUUUUUUUAAUUGAAAUUUUUAUGAGGCAAACUGGUGACUUACUGCCCUGGAGAGUCAGCAGUACUGGUGUAUUCAGACUCCAAUGUUUGCUUCCCCUGUGAGGUAAUCAUUAUAGUUUUGUUUGUGCAGUUGUUUCUGCAGUAUAAAGGACCUUGACUAACUUUAUAAAAUACAGCAGGGCUUUUGAUCGUCAUUAUAAUUCCACAGUCAUAGGAAUAAGGACAGUCAAACAGUAAUUACUUAUUAAAGGUGUUCAAAGAAAGAAUCUGAAUUUUGAUUAGAAGUAUUUAAAUAAUUGACAAGAAUAUCUCAGGUCACACAUGACUAAAUAUUCAUAAUAUUAUCUCUUCAAAAUAUCAAUACCAGAAUUACUUGAAACAUCAUGCAGUAUGCAUCCCUUACACAGACAUAUCCGCAAUUGUCAUUUUUAGCUUUUGUGACUGAGAUUCUCUUAAAUAUUUUGUGACUGCCACUAAUUCCUGGAGGGGACCACAAAAUGUGAUUUAAAAGCAUUAUUACAUGCUGUCAAGAAUAUGCAUUUCAGGUUUUUAAAUGCAAGUACAAAGUUAACAUCUCAAAUCCCACAAGCGCAGCAGCCCUUUGUCCAAAUUUAUCCAGACCUCUGCUACCGCUGCAUUCUUUGCCAGCCCCUCAAGGAGUGCUGCUGGCUGGUACACGGCAUACCAAGAGCAGUUAAUUAGGGGGAGACACAUCUGAAACCAGGGGGCAGCUGAUGUACUGUGGGUCAGUCCUGGGAAAACAGACCCCUUUGUUGUCUCUUGUGAGGACUGUUGACUUUACACUUUAUAACAGUGUUUACCAAACACGGAAGAACAACUUGCCUGCAUUCCCAUGUAAAGUACGCAAUUGGAGGACUGAGAUUGAGGGUUCUGGGGACAUAGUGUACAUUGUAGCUUUACUGCCGUUAACCGUGCAGUGGCAUCCACAAGAGAAAAAAACAUUGGGUAAGCUGCCCACACACUGGAAGUUCACAGGCACACGGUGAACCUACCGUUUCCAAACAUUAAAAAAAAUGGAUGAAAAUACUAUUCUUAUGAAAAAUAAUGAAUAACAUAAAGAAUUGUUCUUACAGGCACAGAGGAAAACAUGUGGUUGGAGAUUUUAGGAAAAGGGUCAUUGACAUGAAAGAUGGGGGGUGUCCUGAAAAUGACGUUUUAUUGGGUUUUCUGUAUAAAGCUGUGCUCUCAAAAAGUCAGAGAAGAAAGAACACAAGGGUUUAAAUACCAGUAAAAACACAUUUUCCCAGAUGAGGAAUAACCACAGGAGGCAUUCCAGUUGGAAUAAUAUAUAUAUAUCUAUAGAAUUUAAUAUGGAAAUUAUUGUUUUUUUUCCUCUUUCCUCUGUUACAGACAAUAUACACUAGCCAAUACAAUAAAUGACAUGGAAUAUAGACUAAUAGUAUUAGCACCUCUAGACACAAUUGUCCUUGUAUUAUUUUUACAUUUCUGUUUAGAUAACCACAACAGCUACGGUCUACAUGUAAUCUAUAUACACUGGAGUAAACUAAGACAUUGUGUUUACAUAGUAAAUUACUGAAUCAGCAUACAGAAAAAGAUUGACACAGAAUUGGCUUCCUAAAUCUCUGGACUGGGAAGGAAGGGUGGUUAAAUCAGAACCUAGCCAGGAAACCAUUUGAAAAAAUACAGAUUUGUUUGGGUUUUAGAUUAUUCAGUAGCACUGAAACCUAUGCAAUGAACAGAUAUUUCCAUUUCCCAAUUGGACACUGCAACACCGAAAA